UUAAAGAAAAUAACUCGAUCGAAACAGACAUGGCUCCAUCUAAGUUCAGUAACGAAUAUUCCGUAGCUCAAGCCAACACAUGCAUAUAUCUUCUUUAUGCGGAAAUAUUUAAGUCUUUAUAACAAAUGCUCAGAGUCAGCGGACUUCUUCUCUCUUCACAUCGGAGAAAAAAAGAAAACCAAAAAGAAAAUCAUUAGAGUCUAAAAAUUCAUAAGAAUCAUAAGAGACUCAAAGAAAACCAAACAGAGUGUGAGAAAAUGGGUCGAGGAUCAGAUCUGUGUUUGAUUUUGGUUAUGAUCUUGAACAGCCUGAUGAUGUUCUGCAAUGGAGGCAUCACGAGUGAGUUUGUCCGGAAACUGGACAAAACCAUUGACAUGCCUCUUAAUAGUGAUGUGUUUCGUGUUCCUCCAGGAUAUAAUGCACCUCAACAGGUGCAUCUAACACAAGGAGACGUAGAAGGAAAGGCAGUGAUAGUUUCUUGGGUCACACAAGAAUCAAAAGGAUCUAACACAGUCCUUUACUGGAAAGAGAACAGCACCAAAAAGCUUAAAGCCCAUGGCAAAUCCAACACUUACAAGUUCUACAAUUAUACGUCUGGUCACAUCCACCAUUGCACCAUCAGAAACUUGGAGUAUCACACCAAGUACUACUAUGUGGUAGGCUUGGGACAAACCGAGCGCAAGUUCUGGUUCUACACUCCUCCUCAAAUCGGUCCUGACGUUGCUUACACGUUCGGUCUCAUUGGGGAUCUUGGACAGAGUUUUGACUCUAACAUAACCUUAACACAUUAUGAGAGAAACCCAAUAAAAGGACAAACAGUUUUGUUUCUUGGGGAUCUCUCGUACGCUGAUACUUAUCCAAAUCACGACAAUACGAGAUGGGACACCUGGGGAAGAUUUGUUGAAAGAAGCACAGCUUAUCAGCCCUGGAUCUGGACAACAGGAAACCACGAACUUGAUUUUGCCCCAAAGAUUGGAGAAACAAAGCCAUUUAAGCCGUUCACACAUAGGUACCGUACUCCAUACCGAGCUUCAGGCAGCACCGAACCAUUCUGGUACUCGAUUAAGAGAGGACCUGCUCACAUAAUCGUGCUAGCUUCAUAUUCAGCGUAUGGUAAAUACACGCCGCAAUACACGUGGCUCGAAGAGGAGUUCCCAAAGGUUAACAGGACGGAAACUCCAUGGUUGAUCGUUCUGAUGCAUUCACCGUGGUACAACAGCUACGAUUACCAUUACAUGGAAGGCGAAACCAUGAGGGUGAUGUAUGAGCCGUGGUUCGUCAAGAACAAAGUAGAUGUUGUUUUUGCAGGCCACGUCCACGCAUACGAAAGAUCAGAACGUGUAUCAAACAUAGCAUACAACGUGGUCAAUGGAGUUUGCAGUCCGGUCAAAGAUCAGUCUGCUCCGGUUUACAUCACCGUUGGUGAUGGAGGCAAUCUUGAGGGAUUGGCUACUAAAAUGACUGAACCUCAGCCUGAGUACUCUGCCUUCAGAGAAGCUAGCUUCGGGCACGCGAUAUUCUCGAUAAGGAACAGGACGCAUGCGUACUAUGGAUGGCACAGGAACCAGGAUGGUUACUCUGUGAAAGGUGACACCAUGUGGUUCUAUAACAGAAUCUGGCAUCCCACUGUUGAUUCUACUUCUUCUGGUUCUUGACAAAACCUUAGAAUCUUAUUUGUAUACAUGUCUUUGAUUGUGCCUGUAUUUGUUUUAGAUCAAACAAAAGGUGCAAAAGUUAAUGAAAAUGAUUUACAUGACAUGUAAAACUAGGUCUAAUAUUUGUAACAGUUUCGAUGUAUCUCUUAUGGUUUAGGUGAUGGCAAGAGAGUGACU